GAGCGCGCCGUCUCCCGAUUGGCUGUCAGAACUCUCGGGUUGUCUCGCGCUCUCUGGCUGGACCAAUGGGGAUAUCCGCAGUCGAGAGGACGGCAUCGCUGGAGUGGUGGCUCAGCUGUUUCCUCUGGAUAUACAUCAAAUAUUGAGAAGAAAGAACAUCCAGAGCUAAAUGUUCUGUUUAAACCAGUAGUUGCUGCUCAGAAAAUAAAGAUGCAGACCCAAAGUCAGUUGUUUAUACGUUCUUCAUGCAAGAGCAUUGUAUUAAAGGAGAGAGUAAGCUGUGUUGAUCAGUGACUUUGGUGAAGGCUGAGAAAGUUGAAGAAAAUUUGCAGAUGAUACACAACUUCUAAGAGGGAGACAGAAAGUCAAGACAGGAUUGUGGAAACUCUUCUCUGCCACGCUUUGUAAAUAGGAGGCACCCUCUAUUAAAUGGAAGAUAAAGGCUACUUCAUCUAAAGUGCUUUGAGCCCCAGAGAGAGCUGUCUUCAGCACCUCACCACGUGUCUACUUUUCGUUGCUUAGGCGAGCCUGGGCUUUUCUGUAACAUUUGAUAGAGCAAAUGACAUGCAGAAAAGGGUGAUAACUUCAGAAUCAUAGUGGAUGAAUUACCAACUCAGAACAAUUUGGGGGUUUAAGUACCUCCUGUUUGUUUAGCAGCAUUCCACAUUGGAAGAAGAGAUUUCUAUAGAUAAAAAAAUGCCUUUGUUUAGUAAAUCGCACAAAAAUCCAGCAGAAAUCGUGAAAAUUCUGAAAGACAACAUGGCCGUUUUGGAAAAGCAAGACAGAAAGACAGAUAAGGCUUCAGAAGAAGUGUCGAAAUCACUGCAAGCAAUGAAAGAAAUUCUGUGUGGGACAAGUGACAAGGAACCCCCAACAGAAGCUGUGGCUCAGCUAGCACAAGAACUCUACAAUAGUGGGCUGCUGGUGACACUGAUAGCCGACCUACAGCUGAUAGACUUUGAGGGAAAAAAAGAUGUGACCCAGAUAUUUAACAACAUCCUGAGACGACAGAUAGGCACUCGGAGUCCUACUGUGGAGUACAUUAGUGCUCAUCCUCAUAUCCUAUUUAUGCUCCUCAAAGGAUAUGAAACCCCACAGAUCGCCUUACGUUGUGGGAUUAUGCUGAGAGAAUGUAUUCGACAUGAACCGCUUGCGAAAAUCAUCCUCUUUUCUAAUCAAUUCAGAGAUUUCUUUAAGUAUGUGGAGUUGUCAACAUUUGAUAUUGCUUCAGACGCCUUUGCUACUUUUAAGGAUUUACUGACCAGACAUAAAGUGCUGGUAGCAGACUUCUUAGAACAAAAUUAUGACACUAUUUUUGGAGACUAUGAGAAAUUGCUCCAGUCUGAGAAUUAUGUGACUAAGAGACAAUCUUUAAAGCUGCUAGGUGAACUGAUCCUGGACCGGCACAACUUUGCCAUCAUGACAAAGUACAUCAGCAAGCCAGAGAACCUCAAACUGAUGAUGAACCUCCUCCGGGAUAAAAGUCCCAACAUCCAGUUUGAAGCCUUUCAUGUCUUUAAGGUGUUUGUGGCCAGUCCUCACAAAGCACAGCCUAUUGUGGAGAUUCUACUAAAAAACCAACCCAAACUCAUCGAGUUUCUGAGCAGCUUCCAAAAAGAAAGGACGGACGAUGAGCAGUUCACCGAUGAGAAGAACUACUUGAUUAAACAGAUUCGAGACUUGAAGAAAACGGCGCCUUGAAGUCUCACCCAGUUUCCUGCCACCGUCACUGUCUCAUUUGUUCAGUUUGUACAAAAAGUGUCAUUUCAAAAAGUAGUCAUUCUUGGGAAGGCUUUGGAGGUGGCUAUUUUUUUCUCAAUUCAUUGUUCAGGGUAGAUGGAAUAUAAAUGUCUGAAAGAAAAAAAUUAAUUUAGAAAUAUAUAUUUAUCUUAAUUGAGUCUGUGAUUAUUUAUGUGAAAUCAGAGCCAUUGUUUUAGACAUUCAUAGAAGCAAUUUUAACCCUUUCUUGAUGAAGGGCAACAAGGCUGUGGGCUUGCAGACCUGAGCCCUCAGUCACCACGAGCCACCAAGUAGUAGGAGCCCAAAGAAUGGGCGUCACUGAGUCCUCGAAGAGGAUUAAAUUCUUAGAGAACUGGGCAUGGGGGCAAGACGCACAAAACUGUUUUGCCCAUCUGUACUUGAACAAACAAAUUUCUCAAGGUACCAAGACAAUAAGAUCCAUGUUUUCAGUCAUUACGUAUUCUGUUCCCUGCCUAUAUCUUUUAACUGUAAUCAUUCAUUCCUAACUUCCUAGGGAAUUGAUGCCCACCUUUCUGCUUACUGCCCCACAUUCCACCCCAAUGGAUCUCCUCAGCAUGACCAACUCAUGGUACACACACAGACACACACACUCCUCCACUCUGACCAGGUUAGCAUGGGACCAACUAAGUCCAAACAGGAUGGACUAACAAGAGUCAUGGGCGUAGAGCACCCACAGGGUAGGACCUGCUUACUUGAGAACUUGGAACAGAUGGGUAAGAACCACAGCUCUAGCGAAAGUCACUGCUGUUUCCCACAGACUUCUGUCGGGUUAGUGAAUGUUUGGAAUAUUUCAUUCAUACUUCUCAUUAUGGGAAAAAAGUUUUGUGGUGAAAGUGUGUUUUAGAGUAGGAAUCAUUGCAUUGAGAUGCCUAGCGUGUGCAAAACCAUGGGUCCAGAGGGUUGCACAGGCCUUUAUAAAUAAGGGAACGUUGCCGUUGGAAGCGCAAAUGAUUAAAUGCAUGAAAAAAAUCCUCAAAGGACUAAAAAUUUUCUCCACUUUAUUUUCUAAUAAGCUGUCGUUCUAAUUUCACAUCAAAAUCCUCAGUGAAAAGGUAGAAAACUUAUAAAAAUGUUGGUCUCAAAUACUCUCUUGCAUACUAGGAUGGUUAAGGAAUUAAUUUGUGUUUUUUUAAAAAGGCCAUGGUUUGUUUUCAGACAUCAAGUGUAUAAAACGGUAUUUUAAGCGCUAUUUACAAGACAUUAAAGGUACAAUUGUUAAUCUGUA